GUUAGAUCCUCUAAUAUCCAUCCAUGGGUGAAAGAUCUCCUCUUCUUGUGAUCGUCAUCUCUCUUUCCGUGCUCUGCAUUGAUCUCGGGAUCUCGGAUGGUUUCUCCAUGAUCCGCUGUCAAGAGACAGAGAGGAAAGCCCUCAUGGAGUUCAAGCAACGAGUCCGUGAUCCUUCCCGUCGUCUUUCUUCCUGGGUUGGGGAGGAUUGUUGUAGUUGGGAAGGCAUCCGCUGCAGCAACGUCACUGGCCAUGUUAUCGAGAUCCACCUUCGCAAUAGACAUCGGUCAGAUGUUUCAUACAUAGAUUGCUCUGAGACUGACUUCGAUGAUGAUGAUGUUGGAUGCAGAUGGGCGCUGCACGGUGGCAUAACUCCAUCAUUGCUUUCUCUCCAACACCUUAAUCAUUUGGAUCUUAGCGGCAACAACUUUGAAGGAAAUCGUAUCCCAGAGUUCUUGGGAUCCUUUGGAAGACUAACAUAUCUUAAUCUCUCAGGAGCAGGCUUCGGAGGUAAAGUACCUGAUCAGCUGGGAAAUCUCUCCACCUUGCACCAACUCGAUCUUUCUUAUAAUUUCUACUCGGAAGAUGAUUUUUAUAAAUUCUUAUACAUCGAAAACAUUGGAUGGAUCUCUCGUUUGACUUCUCUACAGCACCUUAACAUGAAUUGGGUUAGUUUUAGAAAUGUGUCCAACUGGUUACAAGCACUGAACGUGCUCUCUAGUAUUCAAGUGGUUGAAUUGGCUUAUUGUGGCUUGAGGGCCUUUCCCCCUUCACUACCACAUGUCAACUUCACAUCUCUUACAACUCUAAAUUUGUACGAUAACUUGAUCAACUCUACUGUGCCAGACUGGCUGUUUAACAUAACCAGCCUCGAGGUGCUUUCUCUUGGUUGGAAUUACCUCUACUGGCACACUCCUGAUUCUAUUGGCAAGUUGACAAAUCUCAGGUCACUCGACUUAUCUAGUAAUAUGUUCCACGACGGCUUCAGACCACAAGCUCUAUCCAACCUCUGCAAGCUCCAAUGGUUGGACAUUUCAUAUAGCUAUAUUGAUUUGAAUAAAGGUGAUGACUGGAUCCCUCCUUUUCAGCUUCAUGGCCUCAAUAUGACCUUUUGCCAAAUAGUGCCGAGGCCUCAUUUUCCGAAAUGGCUCCGAUUGCAAACAACUCUUCGUGAUUUAUCUUUAUCAAGUACAAGUAUCAAAGAAAGGAUUCCCAACUGGCUUCCUUCCUCUCUCGAGUAUUUGGAUCUUUCCAAUAAUGAGAUUAUCGAUGAUGUGCCACAAUAUCUUCCAAACCUGAUGUAUAUGGAUCUCUCAAACAACUCGCUCUCGGGCCACCUUCCUCCAAGAAUCACAAACAUCAUGCCACAUCUUCAGUAUUUGGAUCUCUCAAAUAACUCAUUCUCAAGCCAACUUCCUCUAAGAAUCUCAAAUACAAUGCGAUAUUUAUAUUGGUUUGAUUUAUCUAUGAAUCAUCUGAGUGGGAGCAUCCCCUUGUCGUUUUGUCAAAAGAGGUUUUUGCAAGUGCUUCGACUUUCAAAAAAUAAUUUAUCAGGAGAGCUUCCUAAUUGCUGGAAAAAUUCCUCAAGUUUGUUUAUUUUGGACUUAUCGAACAACAAAUUCCAAGGAAGAAUUCCUGACUCUCUCAGCAAUUUGCAAAGCCUACAAUCACUGCAUCUGAGCAACAAUAAUUUAGUAGGGCAAAUUCCUCUUUCUUUAAAAGGUUGUACAAAUUUGGUUACUCUUGAUUUGGCUUACAACAACUUCAACGGAAAUAUACCAGCUUGGAUUGGGGAAAGCUUACCAUACUUAAAGACUCUCAGCUUACGCUCGAAUGCCCUCACCGGAAGAAUUCCUGAACUAUCUCAUCUUACAUCUCUUCAAAUAUUGGAUCUCUCAAAUAACAAUCUUUCAGGAGCAAUACCACAUACCUUCAGCAACUUCAGUUCAUUAAAGAGGUCUUCUUCUUCAAGUGAUUUAUAUUUCAACAACUAUAGCUACGACGAUGAAAUGUGGCUCUUCAUAAAAGGGAGUGAACUCGAGUAUACUACAAGACAGCUUUCAUUUGAUAAAGUUAUUGAUCUCUCCAACAAUAGUUUAUCUGGCUUUAUUCCUGAGGAGUUGGGAAAUCUACAUGGAUUACGGAGCUUGAAUCUAUCUAGAAAUUACCUAACAGGGGAGAUACCGAGCAACAUUAAUGGAAUGCAACAAUUAGAAAUUCUUGAUCUCUCCAGAAAUAAUUUGUCUGGAGCGAUUCCUUCAACCUUGGCGGCGUUAAAUUUCUUGAGUUAUUUGAACUUGUCAUAUAACAAUCUUUCAGGUAGAAUUCCAACGGGUAGCCAAUUACAAACGCUUACAGAUCCAUCAAUCUAUGCCGGCAAUUCAGAUCUUUGUGGCUCUCCUCUUGCCAAAAUUUGUACAGAUGAUAUGCCAACAGAAGGUAAAGAAGAAGAGGAAAAUGAAAAUUCUAAGGAUAGACUUAAAAGUAUUUGGCUAUACAUGUGCCGUGCAGUAGGAUUUAUCGUGGGAUUUUGGACGAUUUGUGGAAGCAUCUUAUUGAACUCGAGAUGGAGGAUUGCUUACUUCCGAGCUAUUGAUAGCAUAUGUGAUAGGCUCUAUGUGGUGCUGGUACUGAAUGUGGCGAUGUUCAAGAGGAAGCUACUGGUAGGGGGUCAAGUUGACUAAGCCGAUGGGAGCGUUCACCAUUAGUAUCAGGCAGUAUGUAUUGGGCUCAUGGUUUGCAUGUUUUUUCAUAAUCCACUGGUGACAUGAUUUUAAUUUUUGCAAGGACUAUCGAUUUGUCUUUCUGAAUUCUCUUAGCAUCAAAAUUUUAUUUCAUCAAAGUAUGAGUUCUCUGCGUAUAGUCUAUAAGCUCUAAUUAACAUUUAGCCAGCAGUAUUGUUCGACUCUGUUUUUGCCGUAAGCUACACUGUGGCUUAGUUUAUUGAAUAGAUUCUAUUUGUCAUGAAUCAUCUAUGAAAAUAUGUAAAAGUA